GUGGAAGCUGCCGAGCUGCUGUACGAUGUCAUCCUCGCGUCAGAAGCUGUUUACAAGGUGGACUUCUACUCUGAUCUUCUGGCAUUGCUGGAGCACUUGGCUGCCGACGGCCGAGCCCUGUUUGCCGGGAAGCGCUUCUAUUUCGGAUGUGGUGGUGGUACAGCUUCCUUUGCCACGACCGCCAAGGGUGCUGGCUUCCAUGUCGCGGUAGCCAAAGUCAUCGAAGAUGGCCGCUCCAACAUUCGCGAAAUCCUGCUCAUUUCAAAGCCUCCCCGGAAUGCAUCCUGCAAGCGGCAGAAGGUCGAUGUGGCCGACGCCUGA